GGCGGGACCGGCCGCCCGAGGGAUCGGAGCCGUCCAGGGCGCGAUGCCCCAGUCCUCCCGAGACGGUGCCCCAUGUCCGCCCUCCAGCCAGGGACCCGGAGACAUGCGCGGCUCCACGCGUGCCACCCUCGUUGCCGCCGCCGCCGCCUUCCUCCUGUGCGGCCUGGGCUCGGCCGAAGAGCACGUGGACGGCCACCCCCAAGGUGGCCGUCUGGACCGGAGCAUGGUGCAGGACAAAGACCACAUCCUGGACCACCUCGACGGCGUCGUCGACAAGCCCGAGGCGGAGAUGUCCCCGCAGGAGCUUCAGCUCCACUACUUCAAGAUGCACGACUACGACGGCAACAACCUCCUGGACGGCUUGGAGCUGGCCACAGCCAUUAGCCACGUCCACAAGGAGGAAGGGAGCGAGCGGGCGCCCGCGAUGCGGGAAGAGGAACUGACCAGCCUGAUCGACGACGUCCUCCGGGACGACGACAAGAACGACGACGGCUACAUCGACUACGCGGAGUUCGCCAAGUCCCUGGAGUAGGCCGGCCGAUCCCACCUCGGCCGAAUCCGGAACUCCGAAC